ACUACCCUCCUGUGGUUUUGAAAUUGGACAAGAAUCACAAGAAAAUGUCCAGGCAGAUGUACAGAAAAUUGACCUCCAUUGAAAGCCACCACCUAACUGAUUUCCCCAAGCCAUAUAGUCAUAUUUUACAUUGUACCCAAUAAACAAUCGUUAUCUUGAAAAGGGUGUGAUUUGUCAACUGAUUCUGUACCCAAUUAGGUACAUUUCCAACCCAAUAUAAAAGCCAAGAGUGAGGCACCAAUAGUUUCACUCAGUAGUGCUAUUAGGCCACAUGGAAGGAGACUCAAGUAGAGGCAGCAAGGCAAAACAAGAGGGACAGAAAUAUGUCAAGUACAGAGGAGUGAGGAGAAGGCCAUGGGGAAAGUUCGCAGCAGAAAUACGCGAUUCAACGAGGCAUGGAGAAGGAGCUCGGUUGUGGCUCGGGACUUUCAACACUGCAGAAGAGGCUGCAAGGGCUUAUGACAGUGCUGCUUUUUCGAUGAGGGGUGCUCUUGCAAUUCUCAACUUCCCACGUGAGCAUGGUUUGCCAGAUAGUUCUGCUGCUUCUGCUGUUUCCUCAUCGUCUUCAUCUUCGUCAUCCCUAACAUCCAUUUCAGCAUCAUCUUCAACAUUGCAGAAUGUGGAAGGCACAACUAGGACAGAACCCAGAAGAGAAGUCUUCGAGAUUGAGUGUUUAGAUGACAAGGUUUUAGAGGACCUUCUUGAUUUUGACAGGAAAAGCUAAAGCGAGUGACACUGAUGGGUGUACAUUCAUCUGAAACUCUUAUCUUCCACACCCUCCCUAACCUUAUAAUACCAAUUAGAUUAUUAGUCAUUUCUUCCAUUCUGCGCUGUUUAAUUGGUUCUGUUUUCUCUGUUCCAGGGUAGUAUGGGAUUUGAGUCCUAUGAAAAGUGUCGUGAGUUGUCAAUCUAGUCCACCUUUCUGUUUGAG